AAAUUGGUUCUAACGCCAUGCUAGAACGAAUCAGCCAAUCAGCAAUUGGUAUUUUUGUGCGUCAUAGUUAUGUUCACUUUUUGUUAAUUCGAGCUGUUUUAAACCGAACGCGUGUAUGUUAAACGCAAUUUGUCCUACUAUAUUUAGUAAUAACAAUAGCAUAGCUGUAAAGCUUUCAAUAUUAAGAAAUAGUCAAUAUCAUACAAGCGAGCAGUUCCAUCUUUUCCAGAUUUCUUAAGUUGAGGUUUUUGCCGAGACAUAGAACGCAAUCUGACAUGAAUUUGAUGGGCUCUAAUGUAUGUGACCCUAACUCAACAAUGUUGAGAGAUGUAAGGGUCGGGGAUAAAAACUUGCACAUAAAUUGCAUCAUUUUGGAAAAUGAACAAACAGUAACAACAAAAGAAGGAAACAUGAUCAAACUCUUCAAAGUAGCUGAUAGGUCAGGCGCAAUGACACUUAGCUUGUGGGAUGACCUCGGACUUCAUGUCACCGGUGGCGAUAUCAUUUAUUUACAAAAAGCUCAGGCUGCCGUUUUCCGUUCUUGCCUGCAGCUAAAUCUGAUGAAGGGUGGAUGUGUUUUCAAGAGGGGCGAGUUUUGCAUGGUGUUCGCGGAAAUUCCCUUUCUUAGCUCCCCUAACCCAGAGCUGGAAAACCUGGCACCGACAGUCAGCUCCGACAGUCAACCUGCACAAAACUUCAAUUCUCAAGCUGCAAUCAACAACAACAACAACUUGCCAUAUCUUCCGAGUGCAAUUAAAGGGAAUUCAAACCCGCAAAACCAGCCUUUUCCACUUCAUCCGAACCACCUAACACCUUCAGGGAUCAAUUUCCAGGGAAGCAUUGGGGUGAAUCCGAAUCCGAUGGAAAACUCCAUCCAUCAACAUGGUGCUUUUCCAGCUACUUCAGCGGCCUCCUCGUCUAUGGGAGGUUUUGCUGCUAAUCCUUCUGGUGCUAAUACUCCCGAAUCAUUCCAAGCAAAUUAUGGACACCACUAUUCUGCCAACAACAAACAACAUCAAAACAUGGCCAACAACAAUGUGUACUUCAAUAAUCAGUCGGACCAGAAACAACAUCGACCCUUCAAUCCCCAUCAUCAGGGUAGUCGAUUCUCAUCCGGACCCCAAAAGUGGAAGCAGAACCCAAACCACAGCAGUAACGUUGCUUUUAACGGUGGAGCCAGACAUCCUGUAUUCAGACAUCGAAACAACAAUAAUUCAGGAGGACCCAUGAAAAAUCAUAACAUGCCCCGCAACCAGUCAAAACACAAUCAGAAGCCAUACUAACCCACUCAGAAAGCCAUAAAGCCACUUGUGAAAAUGAAUCACCUUUGUUAAAAGUUUAUUUUUGUUUUUGUUUCGACCGAGGUGCUGAAAAUCUUAUACUUAGCUACAGCCUUUGGAUAAAGUUGUUUAGUAAAG